AAAUCCACCACAGAAGCACCAACAACCACCACAGCUGCUCCAACCACAACAACAGUAGAUCCUACGACAACUACAGCAGCUCCUACCACAACCACAGCAGUUCCAACAACCACCACAGCAGCUCCAACAACAACUACAGCACCACCAACAACUACAACAGCAGUUCCAACCACAACGACAGCUGUACCUACCACAACUACAGCAGCUGCAACCACAACUACAGAAGCACCAACAACCACCACAGCUGCUCCAACCACAACAACAGUAGAUCCUACGACAACUACAGCAGCUCCUACCACAACCACAGCAGUUCCAACAACCACCACAGCAGCUCCAACAACAAAAACAGCAGUACCAACCACAACGACAGAAGCACCAACAACAACCACAGCAGUUCCAACUACAACUACAGCAGCUGCAACGACAACUACAGCAGCUGCUACCACAACUACAGAAGCACCAACAACCACCACAGCUGCUCCAACCACAACAACAGUAGCUCCUACGACUACAACAGCAGCACCAACCACCACCACAGCAGCUCCAACCACAACUACAGCAGCUGCAACCACAACCACAGCAGUUCCAACCACAACUACAGCAGGACCAACAACCACCACAGCAGCUCCAACCACAACUACAGAAGCUGCAACAACAACCACAGCAGUUUCAACCACAACCAGAGCAGCACCAACCACAACUACAGCAGCUGCAACCACAACUACAGCAGCACCAACAACAACCACAGUAGUUCCAACAUCCACCACAGCAGCACCAACAACCACCACAGAAGCUCCAACCACAACUACAGAAGCACCAACAACCACCACAGCUGCUCCAACCACAACUACAGCAGAACCAACAACCACCACAGCUGCUCCAAUCACAACAACAGUAGAUCCUACGACAACUACAGCAGCUCCUACCACAACCACAGCAUUUCCAACAACCACCACAGCAGCUCCAACAACUACCACAGCAGUUCCAACCACAACGACAGGUGUACCAACCACAACUACAGCAGCUGCAACCACAACUACAGAAGGACCAACAACCACAACAGCUGCUCCAACCACAACAGUAGCUCCUACGACAACAACAGCAGCACCAACCACCACCACAGCAGCUCCAACAACCACCACAGGAGUACCAACCAUGACAGAAGCACCAACAACAACCACAGCAGUUCCAACCACAACUACAGCAGCUGCAACGACAACUACAGCAGCUCCAACCACAACUACAGAAGCACCAACAACCACCACAGCUGCUCCAACCACAACAAAAGUAGCUCCUAUGACUACAACAGCAGCAUCAACCACCACCACAGCAGCUCCAACCACAACUACAGCAGCUGCAACCACAACUACAGAAACCACAGCAGCUCCAACCACAACUACAGCAGCUCCUACGACAACAACAGCAACACCAACCACCACCACAGCAGCUCCAACAACCACCACAGCAGUUCCAACAACCACCACAGCAGCUCCAACAACUACAGCAGCACCAACAACAACCACAACAGUUCCAACCACAACGACAGCUGUACCAACCACAACUACAGCAGCUGCAACCACAACUACAGAAGCACCAACAACCACAACAGCAGCACCAACCACCACCACAGCAUCUCCAACAACCACCACAGCAGUUCCAACCACAACGACAGCGGUACCAACUACAACUACAGCAGCUGCAACGACAACUACAGACGCACCAACAACCACCACAGCUGCUCCAACCACAACAACAGUAGCUCCUACGACAUCAACAGCACCACCAACCACCACCACAGCAGCUCCAACCACAACAACAGCAGCUCCUACCACAACCACAGCAGUUCCAACAACCACCACAGCAGCUCCAACCACAACUACAGCAGCUGCAACCACAACAACAGCAGCACCAACCACCACCACAGCAGUUCCAACCACAACCACAGCAGCACCAACCACAACUACAGCAGCUGCAACCACAACUACAGCAGCACCAACAACAACCACAGUUGUUCCAAAAUCCACCACAGAAGCACCAACAACCACCACAGCUGCUCCAACCAGAACAACAGCAGUUCCAACCACAACUACAGCAGAACCAACAACCAUCACAGCUGCUCCAACGACAACAACAGUAGAUCCUACGACAACUACAGCAGCUCCUACCACAACCACAGCAGUUCCAACAACCACCACAGCAGCUCCAACAACAACUACAGCACCACCAACAACUACAACAGCAGUUCCAACCACAACGACAGCUGUACCUACCACAACUACAGCAGCUACAACAGCAACACCAACCACCACCACAGCAGCUCCAACAACCACCACAGCAGUUCCAACAACCACCACAGCAGCUCCAACAACAACUACAGCAGCACCAACAACAACCACAACAGUUCCAACCACGACAGCUGUACCAACCACAACUACAGCAGCUGCAACAACAACUACAGCAGAACCAACAACCACCACGGCAGAUCCAACAACAACUACAGCAGCACCAACCACCACCACAGCAGCUCCAACCACAACAACAGCAGCUCCUACCACAACCACAGCAGUUCCAACAACCACCACAGCAGCUCCAACCACAACUACAGCAGCUGCAACCACAACAACAGCAACACCAACCACCACCACAGGAGCUCCAACAACCUCCACAGCAGUUCCAACAACCACCACAGCAGCUCCAACAACAACUACAGCAGCACCAACAACAACCACAACAGUUCCAACCACAACGACAGCUGUACCAACCACAACUACAGCAGCUGCAACAACAACUACAGCAGAACCAACAACCACCACAGCAGAUCCAACAACAACUACAGCAGCACCAACCACCACAACAGCAGCUCCAACCACUACAACAGCAGCUCCUACCACAACCACAGCAGUUCCAACAACCACCACAGCAGCUCCAACCACGACUACAGCAGCUGCAACCACAACAACAGCAACACCAACCACCACCACAGCAGCUCCAACAACC